UAAAAUGUCACUGAGUCUGGGUACGCGCGGCUCGGCGGUCUCACAGCGGGACCCGGUCGGUGUGCGAAGUCCUUGCCGCCGGAGCUGCGGCAGAAGGUCUGGUUUCCGUGCGUCCCGGGCCGGGCUGGAGCACGGGUCGGCCCCGGCUUUCCUUUGCGCGGCCGCGCUGCGGGGAGCACACGGGGCUCGGAUUCUUCGCCGCAAAGGAGCAGCAAGCCAGGACCGAGGACUGCCCGUUCUGACCAACCGCCCGCCGCCCCUGCAGGCAGCCGGCCUGCCGCCAUGGCCGACCACCUGAUGCUCGCUGAGGGCUACCGCCUGGUGCAGAGGCCGCCACCCUCCGCGCCCCACCAAGGCCCUCACGCGAUCCGGACGCUGCAGCCGUUCGCGGGUGCGGGCCUGGACAGCGGGUUGCGACCGCGCGGGACCCCUCUCGGCCCGCCACCACUGCCCCCCCAACCCGGGGCCCUGACCUACGGAGCCUUCGGGUCGCCGGCCGCCUUCCAGCCCUUUGCGGCCGCGCCGCCGCCGACUGUCUGCAGCGCGCACCUGCAGCCGACGACGACGCUGUACCCAGGCCGUGCGACCGCGCCCCCCGGCACCCCAGGAGUUAGCCCCGGCCUGCAGCCGGCUCCAGACGCCCCGGCUCCACCGCCGCUGCCGCCCGCGCACGCCUUGGGCUGCAUGGACGCCGAACUCAUCGACGAGGAGGCUCUGACGUCGCUGGAGCUGGAACUCGGGCUGCACCGCGUGCGUGAGCUGCCCGAGCUCUUCUUGGGCCAGAGCGAGUUCGACUGCUUCUCGGACUUGGGGUCAGCGCCGCCCGCCGGCUCAGUAAGCUGCUGAGCGCGGCCGGGCUCCUGCCUGGCGUGCCAGAGAGGACAAGGGGGCCUGACUGCCUGCCGGACUCCGCACAAAGCGCCUGGGCCCUGCACACACCCUCCGUGAGGGUGGAGGCAGCCAGUUACCGCGCAGAGCUCAACCCCGGGCUGGGACGCCUGGCCUCACUCUACGCCCUGCCCCCUGCAGGGUGACAGUUUGGCUUCACCUCUCUUGUCUCCGUGUCUCGGUGGUAAAGUGAAGGGGAUUGGGCCCCCUUUCGGUCUCCCCAUUCUUGGAUUGUAUCCUCCCCUCUUGGACUCUCCACCACCCCAAACCCCAGUCUGAGUCCCUCCAGGCUUCUGCCUGCUAACCCUCUCUCCUUGCGCAACCCACUGUGGUCACUGGGUCCUUGGAGCCAUCCAUCCACCUGGCCUCCAGCCCUCUCCCCACCUCCACUGCCUUAGGGAGGGGACAAUAGUACAGGCCUAACCCCUGCAGGGUGAAGCAAUGUCCCAUGUGGCCUCCAAAACCAAAAUAAAACUGGGUCACUACA